GCUCACAAUGCAAUGCGCCUAUCCUUCCUCAUCUCCCGCCUCCCGCCUCAUUGGCUCCUCCGCCGCCGUCGUGGGGGCUGCGGACCGCUCCAACGACUCUAUACAGUCCAGGAGCUUCAAUGCUGCCGCCGUCUACCUUACUUCGCUACCUUCUCUCAGGGGAAUCGGGGACGUUGUCCGACCCCACGCCAUGUCGUGGCAUGAUCCAGCCCUAACACGGCCGAUAACCUCCUCCAAAUAGGCACUCGCGAGCGCGGCAAGGCUGGCGCCUACUCUUACCCACUACCUCUACCCGUCUCAAAUCCCCUUUCCAGCCCCAGUCUCUCUUCCCGUUUGAGCCCUACUGCUCCCUUCUUCGGGACCCCGGCGACCCGUCCGAUCAUUGCCCCAGGGUCUAUUGUGUAGCCGCCCUCCAGACCCGGCCAGUUCUACGCGCCCGACUUCAGACAGACGCCCAUCCCGAUGAGACGUCUGGCCAAUGUCUGUAGCUCUAGGACUCGUUGUCCGUCCCUCUAGACACACGAGACGGGUUUCAUGGGCAGCUCUGGCAGCUCGUUUAGUCUUGUUCUGUCAAGUUGCCCUGUUUCAGACUUCCAUAACCCUGGCCUCAUCGUAACCGCGCUUCUGUGUCUCUUUGUCUCCCUGGCUGACCGUGAUAUUGUUUAAAGCCAGGCCCAAUGUCCGGCUUCUCGACCUCCUCUUGACCUUGUAUUCGCUUGUCAAGACAGUUCUCUCCAUCUCACAACAGUUUCUUUUUUUUCCUCUAUCUCCUAUUUCCUUUUUUUCCUCUCGUCAUAGUCAUCAUAUUUCCUAAGUCGGAUUUUCUAGAUUCCUCUUCAGUCCGUCAAUCUCCUUUCGCUCCAAUUCUGCCGCCAUAUAACCAAUACCGACCUUUUCCAUAAACCACCUCCAGGCGAGGCGCAGAAUCAUCAUCAUCAUCAUCAUCAUCAACAACAACAUAACGGGACACUCGCUUCUCUUCUUACAGGGUAAUCAGUAAUCUGCACUCGUUCACUUUAUACCGGACAGUCUCGUCUCUCUCCAGGUUAUCCACUCUGUCUUCGAUAUCUACUUUCCCGAGUUAUCAUGCCCAAACACACGCGGGCAUCCAGUUCCAGCCACAACCACAACCGUUACGCAAACCCGAUGCCAAUCUCUCUCGCUCCCGCAGCAAACCCAAUCGCAAUGUACAACCAACGCAUGGCCAUGCCGCAGUCGGCCUACUACACCUUGCCAUCCUCCUCGGCCCCCAUGCAGCAGCAGCCGCAGCCCACGUACGAAAGCUACGCCCCGGUCUCUGCGCCCCCGGUUUCCGUACCCCCGAUGCAACACCGCGCCUCCUCGGGAGCCUGGACCCCGCAGGAUGAUCAGCAGCUGCUCGCGGCCCGCUCCCAGGGCCUCAACUGGGGCCAGAUCCAGACCACCUACUUCCCCAACAAGACUCCCAACGCCUGCAGAAAGCGCCACGAGCGCCUGAUGGAGCGCAAGGGUGCCGACGACUGGGACAACCGCAAGCUUGAACGCCUGGCCAAGGAGUACAUGAGCAUGAGAAAGGAGAUCUGGUCCGGUCUCGCUGCUCGCACGGGAGAGAAGUGGAACGUCGUCGAGGCCAAGUGCAUGUCGAACGGUCUCAAGAACCUACAAAGCGCAGCCCGCGCCGGGGCCAGACGGGAGCGCCUGGAGUCAGGGCAGCCACUACCACCAGGGUAUGACGAUGACAGCGGCAUCAGCGGCCUCGGGUUAACCCCAGUUGACGAGCUAGACGCCUCCUACAGUAGCCCGGAGACCGUCUCCUCCGGACACUCCGCCAGCGGCAGCAGCGCCUCGGCCGCGGGCUACAUGGCCUCCCUGCACCACCUCCAGCCCAUGCAUGCCGCCCAGUACGGCGGCUACGGCCACCACGCCGCCACCGGCGCCCACCACGGGUACACCAGCUCCGUCUCCUCGAACGGCUCCGUCAACGGCGGAUACGGCGGCCACGGCCAGUCUCAGUCUCCCAGCCCCUAUCUCCACCCCCACGGCCAGCGGUUGCCCAGCGUGGAUAUGGGUAUCGACGCCAUCAUCAACCGGCCCGGCGGCCAGCAGCAACAGCAGAUGUGACUACAUGGCUCCAAUAACGAGUCUCUCCAAUGGUCCUAAUCCCUUGGAUGCUGAGGACCCGAGGCUUCUUCACCUUUCCUUCUUCUACUUUCCUUAAAAGUCAUGGCGUUAUCUUGCAGGGUUUUCAGGAGGCGUUUCCGGUGUUGCAUGGGUAUUAUUCAAAGUCACCUAAAGAUGGGCUCUCGGUUGUCGACAUUGGUAAGAAACUCGGGCACUCUUUUACGAGUUCACCUUACUUUUUUGCGGGGAUGGAUGAACAGCACAAUGGGGAGCUAUUCUUAUUGCUUCCGUAUAAUGAUGAACAAAUGAUCAGAACAGUACCGGGGAAGGAGGGAGGUAUCGUGAUACUUUAUUUUUCUUCUGUAUACUAGCAUCUAUAGAGAUACCAGAGGAGAGAGAGAGACCAGGUUGAGACAAAAAGGAGGAAGAGGAACGAAACUAGGGAAACCGCCAAUGGAAUGCUUUUUUGAACUUGAAAAAAAAAGGGAAUCAUCAUUUUCUGAAGUA